GUCUCCGGGACUAGGGCGGCCGGGUGUCGGCUGAGGGCCGCCCAGCCAAGCAUGCUGGCCGCGGAGGCGUCCUGACCUCCAGCUCUGCCUCGCUGUUCUUUCGUUGCGGAGAGUGCCGCUCCGGCAGCGUUUACCACCUGGCGGGCCCGGGGCAGAAGCAGCCAUGGCCAGCAUCACCCAGCUGUUUGAUGACCUCUGCGAGGCCCUGCUACCUGCUGCCCAGGUUCGUCCGGGCCAGCGCAGCCUGAACCGGAAGAGGGCGAAGCAAGGCCUCAAAAGGGUAGCCUACAAUGCUCUUUUCACAAACCUCUUCCAAGAGGACACUCAUCAGCGGCAGCCCGAGCCGUCGAAGCUCCCAGUAAAAAACAAGGUCCUUAUGUUGUCCUUCGACUUGAGGGUGGGCGGCCUAGGCCCCGAGGCCGACCGUUUGGAGGAGCUUGUGGAGGAGCUGGAGGCAGCCCCUACUUGUCCGCUUGCGGAAGUGGGCACUGUGCUGGACCUCCUGGUUCAACUGGCAGGGAGCGGCCCCCCUCAAGUGCUACGGAGAAAACGGGACUACUUUUUUAAUAACAAGCAUGCGGGCAGGAAUGUGCCCUACAGCGGUUACGAUUGCUACGACUUGAGUGUGUUUGAGAUGGAUGUUCAGUCCCUUAUCUCCGGAGAGGAGUAUUUGUGUCAUAACGUGAUCCAGGAAGCACUUCAAGUGAUGGAGGCUGCUCCAGGUACUGGCCUGCCUACCGUUGGGCUCUUUUCAGUAGGUGACUCAUGUGGUGACAGGUUUGAGAGAGACACACAGGUCUCACUCUUUGGUGCCCUUGUGCACAGUCGCACUUAUGACAUGGAUGUACGACUGGACCUACCUCCUGUUCCAGACAGCGCAGACUUCUCUGGACUGGCCAUUAAGGUUCCUCAGAGCAUGGAUCAGUGGGAAGAUGAAGGGUUCCAGUCAGCAUCCAAUUUAACUCCUGAUUCCCAGUCUGAGCCAAGCAUGACCCCAGAUGUGGACCUUUGGGAAACUGCACUCACCUAUGAAGCCAGCAAACGGAGAUGCUGGGAGCUCAUCGGCUGCCCCCCUGGUCACAGAGAGGAGCCCUACCUCACUGAGGCAGGGAGGGAUGCCUUCAACUGGUUCUGCAGACUCCACCGUGGAGAGCUGCAAACACUCAGUGGGGGCUUGCUGCAGCCUCCUAAACCAGUGCUAGUGACAGAGAGUGAGCUGGUGAAGGACUCCCUGAAUGUCCUGCUGGGGGUUGUUUCUGCUACAUUUUCCCUCUGCCAGCCAGCUCAGGCGUUCGUGGUGGAACGGGGUGUCCACGUGUCGGGUGCGUCUCCUGAGAGCAUCAGCAGCAUCCUGUCAGAGGUAGCAGAGUAUGGGACCUACUAUACACGCCUGAGCCGCUUCUCUCUGCAGCCUGCCCUAGGCUCCUUGUGCAGCAGGGGCCUUGUGUUUCAGGCCUUCACCAGUGGCCUGAGAAGGUACUUGGAGUAUUACCGGGCCUGCGUUCUCUCUACUCCAACAACCCUGAGCCUCCUCACCAUUGGCUUUCUCUUCAAGAAACUGGGACGACAACUCAGGUACCUGGCUGAACUUUGUGGUAUUGGCACUGCACUCCCGGGUACCAGUGGACGAGAACCCAGGGCUAAGUUCCCUACUGGAGUAAAGCUGCUGUCCUACCUCUAUCAGGAGGCGCUGGAUAACUGCAGUAAUGAGCAUUAUCCCGUGCUGCUGUCCUUGCUGAAGACCAGCUGUGAGCCCUACACACAGUUCAUCCAUGAUUGGGUAUAUAGUGGAGUCUUCAGAGAUGCUUAUGGGGAGUUUAUGAUCCAGGUGAACCAUGAGUACCUCAGUUUCAGAGACAAAUUUUAUUGGACCCAUGGCUAUGUGCUCAUUUCCAAAGAGGUGGAGGACUGUGUUCCUGUAUUCUUGAAGCACAUUGCUCAUGAUGUGUAUAUCUGUGGGAAGACCAUCAACCUGCUGAAGCUCUGCUGUCCCCAGCACUACCUCUGUUGGUCUGAUGUCCCUGUCCCUCGCAUCUCGGUGAUUUUCUCCCUUGAGGAAUUGAAGGAGAUUGAAAAGGACUGUGCUGUCUACGUAGGACGAAUGGAGAGGUUUGCUCGUCACAGCUUCGUCAGCAAGGAGGAGAAGGAAUUACGUAUGGAAAUUGCAAAACAGGAAUUAAUUGUCCAUGCCCGGGAAGCUGCAUCCAGGGGCCUGAGUGAGCUGAGUGACCGGCAGAUGUCAGAACAGAUGGCCAUGGAUGCCCGGAAGCGAGAGCAGUUUCAGCGGUUGAAGGAACAGUUUGUGAAGGAUCAGGAGCGACGGCUGGCAGCUAGACAGGAGGAGCUGGAUGAUGAUUUCAGCUAUGCCCGUGAGCUCCGCGAUCGGGAAAAGAGGCUAAAGGCUCUGGAGGAGGAGCUGGAGAGGAAGGCCAGGCAGGCACUUGUUGACCAUUAUAGUAAGUUGUCUGCAGAGGCAGCUCGUCGGGAACAAAAGGCACUGUGGAGGGUUCAGAGGCACCGAUUAGAAAGUGCACGUCUUCGUUUUCUCCUAGAAGAUGAGCAGCGCGUUCAGGGGAUGCUGAGAGAGAUGUCGGAGACUUGCCAGCCCCAGGAGUCACAGAGUGUUCUCCCGAGCAAAUGCUCCAAGGUCACAUCUCUGAGUCCUGAGCACACAGAUGCAAGCUGUAGCUGUGAUUUGGGGUCUGUAGAGCAGCUCUGGGGUUGCCCAAGCCUGCCAGGUGAACCAAUGCCACAGCUCUUCCAGUCUAAGGCAGAGGUGCCUGGUGGCUCUGGAGCUGGACAGGCAGAUGUUGAGCCAUUCUCUGAGGGUGUCAACAUCACAGACUUCCUGCCCAUGGGACCAGGGGCUAAGCAGCCUGUGAAGAGCAGUGGAACUCCCUUUUUGGAGGUAGCACUUCAGACCAUCUGUUCAGACCUGCCUCCUUUAACCCCUGUGGUGGCUCUCACAACAGUUGGUACCCAGCCAGAGUAUGACUUCAACACUAUCCUGAGACCCAUUGUGACCACCUCAUCUUCAUCAGGGCCCCUCCAGGAUUUUGACGGAAGCUUGGGCAAUGAGGAGCAGCAGCAUUUAUGGGAUGUGCAUACACAGCUGCAAGCACAUCUCCCUGACAUGCAGACGGGUCUGCCUCACUCACACUCACUUGGGCAUGUCACUCCUGAGGAGGGAAGUUACCAGCUUAGUGAGCAGUUCCUUGAAAACAUGUCAGGGACUGCCACCCCCACAGAGAGUCAUGCUCCUGGAAUGGUUUCAUGCCAGCCAUCAUGGUGCAUUUCUGGACAGGUGUCAGAUGCUGGCAUUAAAGUACAAAAGAAUGUGUCAGACGUGGCUCCUUCUCAGCCACAGUGGAAUGUCCAUGGACACAUUUCAGAUGCCAGCAUCAGGGUUGGGGAGAAUGUGUCAGAUGUGGCUCCUUCUCGGCCACGGUGGAACAUCCAUGGACAUGUGUCAGAUGCCAGCAUCAAAAUUGGGGAGAAUGUGUCAAAUGUGGCUCCUUUUCAGCCACGGUGGAACAUCCACGGACACAUCUCAGAUGCCAGCAUUAAGGUUGGGGAGAAUGUGUCAGAUGUGGCUCCUUCUCGGCCACGGUGGAACAUCCACGGACAUGUGUCAGAUGCCAGCAUCAGGAUUGGGGAGAAUGUGUCAGAUGUGGCUCCUACUCGGCCACGGUGGAAUGUCCAUGGACACGUCUCAGAUGCCAGCAUCAAGAUUGGGGAGAAUGUGUCAGACUUGGCUCCUUCUCGGCCACGGUGGAACAUCCACAGACAUGUGUCAGAUGCCAGCAUCAGGACUGGGGAGUGUGUGUCAGAAGUGACUCCUCAAUCACAGUGCAGUAUCCAUGGUGAUACUUCUCAGUCUCCCAAGAUUUUGGGGAUGCUCUUGCCAGAAGCUGGGCCUGACCUAUCGAAGCCCCACUGGAGCUCCACUGGCCACAUGUCUCAGUCAAGCCUUAGCCUGGAAUUAGAGAGCCCUGCCCUGGAACAUGAGCCACAGCUGCCUGCAGAAUUGGAGCCUCCUGCCAUCUGCUCCUCCAGCCCAGGUAGUGCGGAGGAGGGCAGCCCGCAGACCAACCCCGCUACUGUGGCAGAGCCUAGCAUUCUGGGAAAUGGCAUCCCCCAGAAGAAAGGCCCAGGGAGGAGUGGAGACACUGAGGACCUUUCUCCAAGUUGGCCUGUGAGCUCACAGGAAGGCACAGCUACCUCAAGCAGCCCUGGCCCUAGUGAGGAGGUGGCAGAUACAACAGACUCGGAGGCUGAGGCCCAGCGCUGGGGCAAGGAGCAGGCCUACUUGGCAGGCCUCACAAGGCUAUACCACGUGGAGCAGUACCCAGACAGCUAUGAGUCCAUGUCAGAGCUUCCUGUUGCCCACUUGGUACACCACUUGCUUCCCCGGGUCUUUGCCUUUCCUGUUGACCCUCAAGUGCAGUCAGCAGUGGAUGAGACUGCGGUGCAGCUGAGCGAGCUGCUGACACUGCCUGUGCUCAUGAAGCGCUCCCUCACGGCCCCACUGGCCGCCCAUGUCUCUUUGGUGAACAAGGCUGCAGUUGACUAUUUUUUCGUGGAGUUGCACCUAGAGGCACACUUUGAGGCACUGCGGCAUUUCCUGCUGAUGGAGGAUGGAGAGUUUGCUCAGUCCCUUAGUGACCUGCUCUUUGAGAAGCUAGGGGCUGGGCAGACGCCUGGGGAACUGCUCAACCCACUAGUCCUCAACAGCAUCCUGAGCAAGGCGCUGCAGUACAGCCUCCAUGGGGACACCCCACAGGCUACCAACCUGUCCUUUGCCCUCAAGUACCUCCCUGAGGUGUUUGCUCCCAAUGCUCCAGAUGUGCUGAGCUGCCUGGAGCUCAGAUACAAGGUUGACUGGCCACUCAACAUUGUCAUCACCGAGAGCUGCCUGAGCAAGUAUAGUGGCAUCUUCUCCUUCCUGCUGCAGUUAAAGCUUAUGAUGUGGACACUCAAGGAUGUCUGCUUCCAUCUCAAGCGCACAGCCCUGGUGAGCCACACGGCUGGCUCUGUGCAGUUCCGCCAGCUGCAGCUGUUCAAACAUGAAAUGCAGCACUUUGUGAAGGUCAUCCAGGGCUACAUCGCUAACCAGAUCCUGCAUGUCAGCUGGUGCGAGUUCCAGGCCCGGCUGGCCAUGGUGGGGGACUUGGAGGAGAUCCAGCGUGUCCAUGCUGAAUACCUGCAUAGGGCUGUUUUCAGGGGCCUGCUGACAGAGAAGGCAGCACCUGUCAUGAACAUCAUUCAUAGCAUCUUUAGCCUGGUGCUCAAGUUCCGUAGUCAACUCAUCUCCCAGGCUUGGGGCCCACCUGGUGGCCCCCGUGGUGCUGAACACCCCAACUUUGCACUCAUGCAGCAGUCCUAUAGUACCUUCAAGUACUAUUCCCACUUCCUCUUCAAAGUGGUGUCUAAGUUAGUGAACCGUGGCUACCAGCCCCACCUGGAGGAUUUCCUGCUUCGAAUCAACUUCAACAACUACUACCAAGACUCCUGACGCGACCACAUUGUUGUAUUCAGCAGGAACUAUCCCCCUGCACCCCCACUCAGGGUCAUUUGCGGGCACAAGAACCUGAUACUGAUGAACUGAACACUGCCUACCUGUACUCCUGGAGCCAAGCCACCCAACACUCUGUGUUCUUGCUGUGUAGCUCAGCGGGACUCAGAUGUUCUAGCCGUGAUUGCUGUUCCACACGUUCAAGCUCCUUUGUGAGGUUUGCCUGAGUGCCAAUGAGUGCAAAGAGCUGUGGAUUUGACUGUGCCAGCAUCAGCAUCAUGGAUAGCUGCCUGCAGAGAAGAGUGGUAUGGACAGUACCUUAGCCUGGGGUUUCAUGUGGACUUCACCUCCCAAGCAGCAGGCUUCACAGCAGGACAUGGCCCAGGUACUACAGCAGCUUCCAGCCUGACCACAGGCAGUGCUACAGUUGGCUGGAGAGGGUGUCUAUAUCCUAAGAAAAUGCCAUUUCUUCCUGAUGGUCACUGACUCCUUCAUAGUUUAAUGCGUAUAGGAUAGUCACUGUCCUACUCCCCACUAAAUCCUUUUUUUGUAACCA